AUGGCUGCGCGCACUGAGAGUGUUGCUAACGGCGGGCAGGUGCUGCUGACGGGUGCGGCGUACCUGGCGCUGAGCACGGCUGAGCGUGAGCAGCUGGACGUGACUGCGCUUGGCGGUGUUGCGCUGCGCGGUGUGCCUGUGCCUGUGGCGAUGUACCAGCUGAACGCUGUGCCCGGGCGUACCUUCGCCGCACUGCGGCUUGACCGUCAGGAUGCUGCGGACUUGUGCGAAGAGAGUACUAGCUCUGGGUCACUUUCGUCCCAGUCGAAGAACGUCCAGUUGAGUGGAACAGCUUCUGCGGUAGCACAUUUAUUAAGUGAUUUCUACACCCCCGUUGCCGUUCCCCAGAGGAUGAAGAUGCUAACUGUAAUGUGCGAGCGGUGGAAUGUGCGUGUGCUGCACAAGAGUUGGUCUGCGUCUCCGAUCGACCACUGCAACGAAAUGAUUGAGCGGCUGGCAGUCAAGAUGGGUCAUGUGCUGGACCAGAAGGUCCGGGGCAAACGGGAUUCUCGUGGUGCGCCUUUUGACAACUACUGGAACGUUUUCAAAGGAUCAAUGACGCAGUGCAGCAGUGUGCAUUCAUACUCGGCGGUGUCGUCGCUACGAAUGCACUCGAGCACUCGGUUUGGGGACUCCAUCUCCGGUGCGGUGUGCAGCACUGUGACGAUCAUGGCACAUACGCCAGCGAUGAUGUAG